AUGGCGGCAGCUAUGGCGAGUCCUGCGAGAAUCACACCUUAUUCUCAAACAAUGGUGUCCUCUCCAGCUUUCUCUCCGCCGAGGCAGUCGUCGGAAGUUUCAUCCAAUUCUUCCGAACAACCUGAUUCUAUAAGUCGAGCUUUGAGUUUCUCCAGAAAUGGCGUAUCUAUAAGUCAGAGGUGGCGGCGGAGUUUUGGGCUCAGCCCGUCUGACAGUAAUGUGGUUCUGUUUCAUGAUGAGAUAGAAAAUCAAUAUCCUACUUCAAUUGUUUCAAGUGAUGAAUCUAAUUCAGCUGUCAUUUCAGGUUCAAUUGGCCAAUUACUGAAUAAACAUGAAAUUGGAGGAGUUUUACUUGGUCAAGUAAGAUCAACAUUGGAUGAUAUACAUGAGCUAUAUUGUCAGCAUGCUGCUAUAGUAGGUUUCAGUGUUAGAAAAUCCAAAAACAGAAAAAAAGAAGGGACAUCAGUUGUGCAUGAAAAGUACUAUGUCUGCUCUGCUCAAGGGAAAAGAAAUACCAAAAUCAAAGAAAAACAGGUAGAGAAUAAUACAGAUAUAAUAAUACAAGACAGCAAAUCAAAGAAACAAAGGACACGAAGAGUUAUGAUCACAAGAACUGAAUGUCCUGCACUGAUUAGAGCAAAGAUGAACACUGAAGGACAUUAUGAAAUUGUGCAGCAUGUUAUAAAACACAAUCAUCCACUUACUAGAGAACCAUUAAAUUACCUUCAUAGAUCUGAGCGUCAGAUGAGUGAACCAAAGAAACAAACCAUAGAAGCUAUGCAAGAGUGUGGGCUGAGGCCGAUAGAUUCAUUCCGAUAUAUGAGUACAGAAGCAGGUGGUGAAGAUGUAUUGGGUCAUUCCAUGAAGGACCACUUCAACUGCUGUUAUAAACUCAAAAUAAAACCAAUUGAGGGAAAGGAUUCACAAAAAGUUGUUGAUAACCUUUAUGAGCAGAUGCAAACAGAUAGUAACUUCUUCUUUAGAGUAAGAUUGAAUGAUGAAGGAAAGGUUUGCUGCUUGUUUUGGAGAGACUCUAUGAUGCUUGAGGACUAUACAAUCUUUGGAGAUGUUAUGGUUUUUGAUACUACAUAUAGGACAAACAAGUAUAAUCUUAUUUGUGCACCAUUUGUAGGAAUUAAUAACCAUUGGAAAAACACAAUGUUUGCAUGUGCAUUUCUUGCCGAUGAGACAAUACCAUCAUUUGAAUGGCUUUUUGAAACAUUCAAGAAGUCAAUGAAAGGUAAAUGUCCAAUAACUAUAUUCAGUGACCAAGAUGCAGCAAUUGCAGGAGCAAUAAAAAAGGCUUUCCCAACAUCAAGACACAGGCUAUGUUUAUGGCAUUUGAGUCAAAAUGCAAAUCAACAAUUUGGAUUGAUGAAAGCUGAUAAGGAAUUCAAGAACAUUUUUCACAAGUGUCUCAGUGGUUGCAUUACAACAACAGAAUUUGAACAAACUUGGACCACAAUGACAACAAAAUACAAACUAGAAGAUGAUCGCUGGUUCAACAGAUUGUAUAGUUUGAAAGAAAAAUGGUGUACAGCAUUUAGCAAAGACUUCUUCUCUGCUGGAAUACUAUCUUCACAGAGAAGUGAAAGCGCAAACCAUGCUAUUGGGUUUAAGGCAAGCAAAACCACUAGCUUAAGUGACUUCUUUUCAAUAUUCCAACAGACAGUAAUAAGAUGGAGAAGACAGGAAGAAAGGGAUGAUUUUGACUGUACAAAAGGAAUACCAAAAUCAGAUCUCUGCAUGAGUCCACUAUUAAAACAUGCUGCUUUAGUGUACACACAUACUCUUUUCAGAGAUUUUGAGGAUGAAUUCAAACAUGCAAUGGCAAGUUCAAUUGAACUAGUUGGUACACAAGGGAACACUCUGACAUACAGAGUUUUCCUCAAUGGCAUUGAUGGUUCUUCUCAACAAGUCUCGUUCAAUUACCCAGAGAUGACAAUUGAGUGUGGAUGCAGAAAUUUUCAAGAAUCAGGUUGGUUGUGCUUUCAUGCCAUAAGAGUUCUACACUUACAUUCUGUCCAAAAAAUUCCAGAGAAAUACAUAUCAUCAAGGUACUAUAACCUCAUAUUAAAGAGCCACAGAAUAGAACCAGCUAGAGCAGUGAUAGAGGAAAGUUUCAAGAAAACAAAUUCAAGAGUUGAAGAAUUAAUAAAGAUAGAAGAAGCAAAAGCAUCAGCAGAAAAAGCUAAAGCUCAUGAGAAAGCAUUACAAGAAGCAGCUGCAGCAUUACAAGCUAAUGAGAAUCAAGAGAACAACGCACAAGAAUCACCACCAAUACCAACAGUCUUGGAUCCAGAUAGAGCAGUCACAAAAGGAAGAGACAACAAGCGAAUAAAGGGACACUAUGAUUUAUACAAGAAGGCCUCAAAAAAAGGGAAAAAAAGACACAAGGAGUUUGGAAGUAUAACUCCUAAAGAACAUCUGUUCUAA